GCUUGCAUUGCUCCUUCAGAGUCAAUGAAUAAUUGCGAGGCUGAUCAGACACUCACUAAAAAUGUCCAACCAGUUAUCAACUUUUCUUCCAUAUUGGAGGAUGAAGAAACUGAUCAAUACACUGAUAAUUUGCAUGAGAAUUCUUAUAUUCUUGGGAUCAAAGAGUAUAUAGCGAAUAGGAAUCUUCACUUAUCUAAAGUCAUUUCCAGAGAGAAAAGAGCAGCUGUUUUGAUAUGCCUCUUUGAAGGCCUUGAAGGUGAACUACGUGUAAUUCUCACCAAAAGAUCCAUGAAACUUUCUACUCAUCCAGGAGAGGUAGCCUUGCCUGGUGGAAAGAUGGAUGAAGAAGAUUUAGAUGAUUCUGCUACUGCUCUGAGAGAAGCAACAGAGGAGAUUGGUUUGCAAUCCAGUCUUGUUCAAGUUAUUACUAACCUUGAACCAUUCAUAUCGUUGCAUCUACUUACAGUUGUACCAGUAGUGGGGCUAUUGUCUAGAGUAGAAGAAUUCAAGCCCGCCCUUAAUGCCGACGAAGUUGAUGCUAUUUUUGAUGUACCCUUGGAUAUGUUUCUUAAGGAAGAUAAUCACAGACGUUUGGAAAAGGAGUGGGGAAGAUUGAAAUAUGUAUGUCACAUAUUUGAAUAUGAGUCGCCUAAUAAGCAAGAAAUUUUUCAUAUAGGAGGAUUGACAGCAAGCAUUUUGAUUCAUGCUGCAUCUGUCAUUUAUCAAGAGCCUCCUUCUUUUUCUGAAUAUCUUCCUGAUUUUAGUCAAUUACAAUUUACCCUGAACAAGAAAGGCAGCUGCUAACUUUGGAUAGAGACGGAUCUAGAGUUUAAGCUCUAUAUAUAGGUUCAAAUGAAUCCCGAUAUUCAUACGCUACAUUUGCCUCUGACUUUGGAUACGGUGCACUUGUUUUUUUUUUUUUUUUUUUCCGGUUUUCUUCUGAAAUAACUUUUGUAGAUCAUCAAUAAGUCGUUCUAUAUCCUUCAAAAGUAGUCAUCAACAGCAAAGUUGAUUAUGAACUUAGCUGAAAAAAGAAAGGCUCACAUGGUCCGAGGAGAGUUUAGUGAAAAA